AACAAGGGAGGCAUUUGGAAUAAAUGUAAUUUGAAUCCCUAUAAAUUAAUAAGUAAAGGUUUUUUAUCAGAAAUGUCUCUGCUCGAUUCAGAAGAAACUUCUCCACUCCUUAAAGGAGAUGCUGAAAGCUUGCAGGAAGCUGAGAAAAGUCGGUGGAGGUCCAUUAGGAUCAUGUACUUUACCAUGUUCCUGAGCAGUGUGGGUUUUACGAUUGUCAUCACAUCGAUAUGGCCUUAUCUGCAAAAGAUUGAUGACAGCGCAGAUGCCAGCUUCUUGGGUUGGGUAGUGGCUGCAUAUAGCUUGGGACAAAUGGUGGCAUCACCUCUGUUUGGGUUUUGGUCCAAUCACAGGCCUCGACGGGAGCCACUGGCCUGUUCUAUAGCAAUCAAUGUUGUGGCCAACAUCUACUAUGCUUAUGUGUACCUUCCUGCCUCUCAUAACAAGUACCACAUGCUCCUGGCUAGAGUGUUUGUUGGAUUUGGAGCAGGUAAUGUAGCUGUAGUGAGAUCUUACGUAGCAGGUGCCACCUCGCUGAAUGAGAGAACUGGUGCUAUGGCUAACAUGAGUGCCUGCCAAGCUCUGGGAUUCAUUCUUGGACCAGUUCUUCAGGCAGGCCUGUCGUUUAUUGGUGAAAAAGGCUUCAGUGUGGACUUCAUAUAUUUGAAGUUUAACAUGUACACUGCACCAGCGCUGCUCGCUGCCUGCUUCAGCAUCAUCAAUAUCCUGCUGGUUAUCAUAUUCCUCAGGGAGGUCAGUGUAGAUGACCAUGGAAAUCGGAUCAGAGCUAUAAACUAUGUCUCAGAAGAGCGAGAAGAUGUGCCACCUGAAGUAGAGGGAAAUAUUGACCAAAUUGCUGUGCUGACAUCCAACAUCCUGUUCUUCGUCAUACUCUUUAUAUUUGCUGUGUUUGAAACUAUAUCCACCCCAUUGUCGAUGGACAUGUUUGCAUGGACUAGAAAGGAAGCUGUUCUGUACAAUGGGAUUAUAUUAGCAGCCAUUGGUUUAGAGUCCAUCAUAGUUUUCCUGGUGGUCAAAGUGAUGUCUGAGAGGUUUGGUGAUCGUCCAGUACUUAUGGGUGGCUUAGCCAUCAUAUUUAUUGGCUUCUUCAUACUGUUACCUUGGGGAAACCAGUAUCCAAACAUUCAGUGGACAGACCUUCAGAAUAAUUCUAUGCCAGCUAUACAUUUGGAACCUACUGCUUCCCCUAAUGGGACUUUGGAGCCCACUGGAUGCCCAUCUGAUCAGCUUUGGUGCCAGUAUAUUCCCGCUAUCCACCUGGCACAAUACUUAACAUCUGACAUUCUCAUAGGAGUGGGAUAUCCUGCAUGUAACGUCAUGUCCUACACACUGUACUCAAAGAUCCUGGGACCCAAGCCACAGGGUGUCUAUAUGGGUUGGCUGACGGCUUCGGGCAGUGGAGCUCGAACCCUUGGUCCGGUGUUUGUUUCUCAGGUCUAUACCAUAUUAGGACCUCGGUGGGCCUUCGGUCUCAUUUGCAGCAUUGUACUAGCAGCCAUUGUACUUCUGACUGCCAUGUAUAAAAGACUCGUUGCUUUCUCUGUGCGGUAUGAAAGGUUAUAGAAGUGACAGCUCUAUACACAAAAACCCACUAAUCUGUUAUUCCUGCUUUAUAAGGGAACAUUCAGUUCUAAAAUUAGAGAGCUAGUGCAGACUGGAACCACAAUUGAGUGUCAGUCAUCAAAAGUCCAGGGGUCUCUUACAAAUAAUGGACCUUAUUAGCAGGAGCGGUCUCGGUGUCUCAAUGAACGUCUAUCCACAGCGCAUUACAAACCGGAAGUCUUAUUCACAAAACCUUUGUGGUAUUUAUUUAAAAAUUCAGACAGAUGUGUCUCACUUGAAAGCAGUGUUGUAACAAUGUGCAAUUAAUUACAUGUAAUACAUGUUUCAUCUCUUUCCUGGUACACCACAUUGCUUUCAACCCCCCACCGGUAUCGAUCUAGAAGACUAAUCUGGCCAAAAGUAUGUUUUAUAUAAUCUUUUUUAUACAAAGGUAUUAUAGGAGAGUACCUUAAACUGAAAUGAGGAAACUUUAUUGCUUGUGAUGUCAUGAUGAGGGUUUUAUAUUAUAUUAUAUAAAGCUCCAUGGAAUUGUCUUUAUUGAGAGAUAUUUAUGUGUAUUUAUUCUUUCGCUAUAUUUUAGCUAACACUGGUGGAUGGAUGGAUGGAAGUAAAUGUUUGCAGUUAUACUUUGGAGUUUAAGUGGCAAUGGUUUAAACUAACUUGAAUCUAAGUGUACAGUCUGUUUUGCUGAUUUAACACAUUCAUACAGGGAAUGAACCUAAAUGUGGCAUUUCUUGCCAAUUUUUAAUUUGCUUAAAUUUAACAUGGAAAACAUGAAAAUGGAAAAAAUGAAAGAAUAAUACUAAUAUUCAUAAUAAGAGUUUGCAAAGUUCCUUAAGUCAGGGUUUUUUUUUACACUUAAGGGUUGUGCACCAGAAAAUGGGUCACAGAGAAAAAAUAAUAAUAAAUAAUAUUUAUUAUAAAUUUUAACAGCACCGAAACACAAAACUAACUUGUACGCGGUCGGGCGGCACGGUGGGUAGCAGUCGCCUCACAGCAAGGUCUUGUGUUCAAUCCCCAGGUGGGCCGGUCCAGGUCCUUUCUGUGUGGUGUUUGCAUGUUCUCCCCGUGUCUGCGUGGGUUUACUCCGGGUGCUCCGGUUUCCUCCCACAGUCCAAAGACAUGCAAGUGAGGUGAAUUGGAGGCACUAAAUUGUCCAUGACUGUGUUCGAUAUAACCUUGUAAACUGAUGAAUCUUGUUUAAUGAGUAACUACCGUUCCUGUCAUGAAUGUAACCAAAAGUGUAAAACAUGACGUUAAAAUCCUAAUAAACAAACAAACAAACAUGUACGCGGUCGCCCUCUUGUGGAGGCUUAAAAAAACGUUUAAAAAAAAAACCCUGCCUUAAGUUAUACAAAUAUCAUGUAUGCAGAGCUCAGCUGUUCAGGUCCACCUCUAAAACCACUGGAGCUUAACCUCCUGAAGUACUACAGAUUUUUCUCUUUACAUUCAGGUCCAGAUUGUAAAAUAUUGAGUGUCUGUGUAACUUUAAGAUGUUUUAUAGAUGGAUUGAGAUGCACUGCAAGCUUUUUGGUUACAGGAAAGAGCUUUAAAACAAACAUGUGAUUAUUUUGUACAGUCUGGUCAUCCAAAGUGAGUCCCAGACUAUCUGUGAAAAUACAUUAAUAAUGUAUUACCAAAGACUUUUCAUAAGCUAUGGAAUUGAACAGAACACUGAAACAAAUUUAAAAAAAAAGUUACCCUGGGGAAACCUGAAAUUUUCUUUAAAAAUGUUGUCAUUGUGGUCUUCAACUGUGUCCUUUUCUGUCACUGAUUACUGGAAUCUCACUUUUGUCCAAAAAAACAACAAUGAGAUACGAUUAGAUUGACAGAAAAGAAGAUAAUGCACAAAUAGCUUAUUUUCAUUGGAAGUGUUUAAAUUUCUCAGUCACAAAACACACAGCUGCAGAAAUGAUGACAAUCCUACCAUGUGUGUUAAUUUUUAACUUCAACUGUAAUUAAAAAGUAAUUUUAUUAAAAUGUGGUAAUUUAACAGCA